AUGCUCGAGAUUGAUCCUUCAAUCCACCAACUGCUCGCAUUUAUACAACACGCCAGCGAGUUAAGUCCACUGGCCAGCGAAGCUCCUGCUGCCGCCAUAUAUUUGCCAGGGCCUUCUGAACAUCAUCAACUGCCAUAUGCCGAUUACCAAAGCGUUCGUCGACUGUCUUCUCUGAUUACAUGGAGCCGAGCAGACACGGCUGUGAUUAUCCAUUAUUUGCCUAACUCUACUCAGAAUAACGUACCCGACCACGGACUGCAAUACUAUUCCUGGAGCCCCCAUGGCAUCCCAACCCCGCAGUCAGCGGACGACUCCGUCGAGCCCGAAACGGCCAGCCCUCUAGCCUUUGCCGACCGAGACUUUGACGAGCCGAGACCCCCUGCGCAGCUCCCAGCUCUCCCAGAAAGGGGCUUUAUCACCGACCAAGCCUGGGCCCUGGAGCCAGGAGCGGCACCACCACCACCAGUUGCAGUCGAGUCGGUGUCGAAGCGCAAGGCCCACCGCGUCUCGGAAAAGGCCCGACGGGACCGCCUGACAGGCGCGAUCCGGGACCUUGAGGCGCAGCUCACGGUCGGGUACAGCCCCGGACAGGACGGGCUGCUGGACGAGGCGGGCCAGCUGAACGCGCUGUCGUCCAAGGCGGACGUGGUGGAGAUGGCGACCCGGUAUAUCAAGCUGCUCAGGAGGGACAGGGUCGCCGGCGGGGCAAAGGGCGGGAGGGGGAAGAAAACCAAGAAGCGGUUCCCCGGGCCUGAGACGCUCCAGCUAGGUCUACCCGAGGAGGCGGCUGUUGACGUUGAGUUGCCUCAAUCGCCGUCGAUGAGAGAUGACUCGGGAUAGGGGGCUGGCUUCAGAGCAGGGAGCAUGAACGAGAUGGGGGCUAGGGUUCUGGCAAUGUGAUCUGAAAUGGACCGGGAAUACAUGGAUUUGUCGGGACUCUAUAGCUUGCUGCUUCCGAUACAAACAGCUGCGCACUGCA